CAAUUUCUAUAAAAACUUCCGGGAUAGAAUAAACAUGAAUGAGAUCCCAUAUGUUUGCAGUCUGUUGGCAGGUUGAUGCUCUUUGAGGACAAUGAAGUCGAAUGAUCGCCAUGCUUGAGAUUCUGUUUACCUGUUCCGCAUCGGUGAACUCGUCAACGUGGGUCUGUUAUUUGAAGUACGUGAGACUACUGCGGACUUUCAGUUUGCUAGCUGGUAAUACCGCAGUACAGUACACGCCGAGAUAACGGAUAACGUAUUACCACAGACACAUUGUGAUUGUGACUAUAUUGGAAUGCAGAAUACGACAGAUAAGCUGUAGCAAAUUGUCGGAUAACAUUCAACACAAAGAUGCUUUCACACCUGCUUCAUCAAUACCUCACUGUCUUUGGAGCUGUGUUGACCUUGGUUACCGUGGUGACAACCUCAACUUAUCAUGACUACUGUAUUCUUGGAGCAGGGCCAGGUGGUCUCCAGAUGGCGUAUUUCAUGGAACAAAGCAGCAGAGAUUACAUUGUCUUUGAAAGAGAAAAUACAACAGGAAGCUUCUAUACAGUGUACCCAAGACACAGAAAGUUAAUCAGCAUAAACAAAAGACAUACAGGCAAAUCUAACAAGGAGUUCAACCUGCGUCACGACUGGAAUUCUUUAAUAAGUCAUGACGAAUCACUUCUUUUUAAACAUUAUUCCAAGGAAAUGUUUCCACAUGCAGAUGCUUUGGUGCAGUAUUUGCAAGACUAUCACAAAAAAUUAGGACUAAAUGUCCAAUUUAAUUCAAAUAUGCAAAACAUACGCCGGGUGGCCAACGAUUCGUCUGCUGGUGGACACAUAUACACAAUGGAGGAUGACAAAGGCAACCCCUACACAUGCUCAAAAGUAAUUGUUGCCACUGGUAUAGCUGAACCCAAUAUUCCUAAAGAAGUUCCUGGUAUGGAGUACGCUGAUGGGUACGAAUCUGUGUCAAUAAAUCCGGACGACUUUGAGGGACAGUCCGUACUUAUUCUUGGUAGGGGAAAUGCAGCCUUUGAAGUAGCAGACUCUAUAUAUGGUUCUACAAAUGUCAUACAUAUGGUUGGGAGGUCCAGAGUUCGUCUAGCCUGGGCAACACACUAUGUUGGAGAUCUAAGAGCUGUAAAUAACGGUUUAUUGGACACAUAUCAGCUCAAGUCCCUCGAUGGAGUCUUAGAAGCAGGACUGGAUGAGGUAAAGCUGGUCAAGCAAGGUUCUAAGUUUGUUCUCCAGUUUAAAGAUGAAGAAGAAGAUUCUAUGUUUCCCCUGGAUAACUUUGCGCUUCGUGAGCCGUAUGACCGAAUUGUCAGAUGUUUGGGCUUCGCGUUUGACAGCAGUAUAUUCAAUGAAACUUCAAAAAUGAUCUUAGGAAAAGGGAGAACUAAAAAAUUUCCUAAGAUUGAUUAUGACUACCAGUCUACAAACAACCCUGGGAUGUAUGUGGUAGGGGUUGCCUCCCACUCCCUUGACUUCCGUAAGUCUGCUGGGGGCUUCAUUCACGGAUACCGUUACACAGCACGCGCCCUACAUCACCUGAUGGAGUGGCGAUACCACCAGGUGCCCUGGCCCUCUACCACUGGACCAAUCACACAGCUCCUCACUCACAUUAUCAAGAGAAUCAAUGAGGCAUCCGGCACCUACCAGAUGUUUGGUAUCCUUGGCGAUAUCAUCAUCCUCAAAGAUAAUGGACGUGAGUACACUUACCUGGAAGAGUACCCGAUCAACCUGAUCCACAGACUGGAGGAGGACGCUGGUCAUCCCACCACCAGGAUCAUAGCAGUGGUGCUACAGUAUGGGGCAAAUUUCUCAGGGCCAGGCAAUGAUAUCUUCCGUGUUGACCGGGCAACAGGAGAGCCGUCCGAGGCCCACACUUCCAACUUCCUACAUCCCGUCCUCUACUACUACGAAACGCUUCCCACAAAAUCUCAAAUGUUGCGCAUAGCCAAGGAUGAGAUCUUGCCUCGCCCAAAACUGAUGCACCACAUUGUUGAGGACUUUCUAACAGUCUGGGAUGGCCCCCUCAGUCACAUCCUCCCACUUCGACGCUACAUUGAAAAUGUCCUCAGCAGUGACAUGCGCAAUUUCUUCAGCGAGGAUUGUUUGGAAAUGGCCCUUACACAGAAGACUGUUCCAAUAUUUUGUGAGGACUAUCUGGGGGGAGAGGGCAUACCAGGAUACCGAGCACUGCAGAGCUAGCUUGUGUCAGCCAUUCCAUAGAUAAUCAGAUAGUUUGAUACAGUGCCUACAAAAUGACCAUUCAAUCAUAAUUCUAAUUAUGCAUAUUAAUGUUUUUUUAUUUAUCCAAAAUCUAUGAAAGUCCAAAUGUUGAUUUGUUCUGAGUUUCAACUCAAGUGUCUGCUGAAAUCUACAGACAUGAAAAGGAAGUUUCCUGUGUUAGUUGAAUUGAGCAAAUCAUAAUUAGGAUAAAUUGUUGCCACAACGGUAUGUGUCUCUAUGGCAACAGCCUGGGUGUGGAGAUACUUGUGAUAGGGUUCUAUAUGCAAUCACUUCACAUCUGGUAUGGGAAAAUACAAUAUUUUUUAUAGAUUUUAUUGACUUAUUUGUUUUUGAAAGAAUUUGACAGAUAUUAACAUUCAAAAUGAACCCAAAAGUUACAAUAAUGAUUAGUCAUUUUAAUUAUAACUACAUAUUAGUAUAACACACACUGGCUCUGAAUUCAACUAGAACCGUUUUUGUUGAUAGAACAUGUUUUCAUAGAUAUGUUAAAUUUGUUCUUAUCUCUUUAGACACACACUUUGAAAAGGAUAACCAUUUUUUUAAGACACAAAUUCCAUUUAAUUUUCAGUUCAUACAACUUUUUAUACAUGAUUAGUGUCCCGGAUGUUUACUUAUGUAGAUUAUGUUUUACGCACAUUUGAUUUCAUAAACUGACCUUUGUUUGCUUAUUCAUGACAACAUUAAUUUACAUUUCACUUGACAUGUCUUAAAGUACAUUUAAAUAAUAAAUAAAUAAUAAUACAUUCAGGUAAAACUUGAAUUUGUGAUUGACAUUUAAUACAAAAUUUGUUAAUAUCAAUACACACGAAGUACAAGAUUUUUUUCUGGAAAAACAGACUUAAUCACUACGUAGGUCUUAUUUGUCGUGACAGCUGUAUCAAGCCCCGAUCAACUUAUUGUUUAGUCAAGCUUAUACAAAAAGUUGAAUGAUAUGCAUCAAAUUAUGCACAUUUAAGUCAUAAGUUUUAGCCGAGGUAGUCAAUUAGAUGCCAUGGAGGCCAUCUUAAAUUUCAGACAGGUCUAAAUUAGUGGAACUUGAAAAGAAAUGUCACAGCCAAUCGGAGUCAAGGCCAUGGCAGCCUCCUAUGGUAUUGAAAUUCACAACACUUGGUAAAGAUUAUGGUAGAAUUAUUUGUACCUAUGCAUUUUUUGGUUGAAACAGCCUAGUUGAGCCUAAGAAGGGGAAAAUACCUCCGGCAAUACUAUUGGCCAUCUUGGAUUUCAGUUAAUUCCCAAAAUUAACAACACUUAUUGAGAGUAAUGAGAGAAUCCUGGAAGGAUUGACUAUUUGCAUUGAAGAGUUUUAGAGAUAUACAAUCCAGCUGUAUGAUGCGGUGUAAUUCAUUUUCGACAUACUGUAUAUCUAUUACUAACUGUUAAAGGUACAGCCACCUGUCUGUGUGUUACAUUCAUCUUUAAAAAGUAUCAAAUGGCUGCAGGAAAUAACAACUCUCUGUCAGUGGCUUAGGGGCAUUGUUUGUGUACAUAGUUCGGAUCAGUUCACUUUCGGUUAAAAUCGGCUUGCUGCUUAACUUGGGAAGAAUUUAUAAAAACAAUGUUUAUAUUGUUAAAUGUACACUAAGCUAUGGUCAGGUUUAGACCCUGCUUCAUCAUCAUAUUAAGACAGAACACUAGAGUGUGGUUACAUUCAGACACUAACGUGUUAUCAAGGGUGUAUUAGUCUGUUGGCAGUUUAUGUCGUCACCCAAUUCCCACCUACAUUUGUACGUUCGUACAGUUUAUACUACUUUUUUUUAUACAGGAUUUUAUUUGUAAACUGACAUUUUCACUUUUUGUUCCCCAGAAAUUACCAAAUGUAUUCAGAAGGCAGUGAAUGUGUAUCUGGCAAUGCAACAACAUUCUAAUGGGUAUCGUUCCGUUGAUCUUCCACCAGCAAUGUGUUCCUAUGACAAUAUAGUGAAACCUCAAUAUAACGCCCAUCCUUUCAUUUGCCACCUCUCUUACUACCAAUAUAUUUCACGGUACACUCUUUUUUUCUUAAAAUUCCUAAUAUGUGUCCGUCAAUUUAUCGGCAAACCCCUUUAUAACGCCAAAUUUUUCCAGGACAAAUGGUGGCAGUAUAACAAGGUUUUACUGUAUUCUGGAUUAAUUUGAUGUUUGAUGAAGCUUUUAGAUAGCAUAUGAUAUAAUUAUAUGAUUUUACACACUACUUUAUCAUUAUAAAAAGGCAGGUAGGUUGUACAGAUUUCAUUUCGCACAAGUCUGUAAA